AUGUCCUCCUCCCCUUCCAUCCAGGCCGACGCUACAUCUUCUCACCCGCCCGCGCACAAGCCUGACCCCACCAUCCUCAACACCAACAACACCUCCUCAACAACCACCACAUCCGCCGAUAACAACGAUGCCUCCCAAAGAGGACUCUCCUCCACCGGUGCCUCCGCCGCCUCCAAACUCGCCAGUGCACAGAUGAGGCUACGAGGUGCCCUCCGCCAAUUCCCCGACUUCCCCUCCCCAGGUAUCUUGUUCGAGGACAUCCUCCCCAUCUUCGCCAACCCCUCCACCCACGAGGACCUCAUCUCCGCCCUCGAAUUGCACGUCGCCUCUGCCUACCCCACCAAGCCGGACGUCAUUGUUGGCCUUGACGCUCGCGGCUUCCUCUUCGGCCCCAGCCUGGCCCUGCGUCUCGGUGCUGCUUUCGUCCCCGUGAGGAAGCAGGGAAAGCUCCCCGGCCCAUGUGAGACCGCCAGCUACGAGAAGGAGUACGGCCAGGAUUUCUUCCAGAUGCAGGCCGAUGCCAUCAAGCCUGGCCAGAAUGUCUUGAUUGUUGACGACAUCAUUGCUACUGGCGGCUCCGCAUCCGCAGCCGGCUCGCUCGUCAAGAAGCUCGGCGGUUCCCUCGUUGGCUACGUCUUCAUCCUCGAACUCGAUUUCCUCAAGGGCCGCGCGAAGCUCGAUGCCCCCGUCUACACCCUCCUGUCGAGCCAGGAGGCGAAACAGUAA